AAGUGGAGAGCGGACCUGGCCAGCAGGGAUGUGGAAUUUGAAACAUUUUCUGAUUACUGGCCAGCCACUGUUUACACCACAGACAGGCCGUGACAUCGGAGGAGGAGGGGGGGACUUUAUAAAAGUGAGUGUGCUCAGAGCCAGCCAGUGAGCAAACAGCAGCACUAGUAGCUCAGCAUACUUCGUUGGGACAGUGGGAUGGACAAAAAAGUGCAAAACACAUACACUCUGCUGGCACGGGCACUACUGUUGUACCUGUGCUCCCAGGUAUGCUGUCAAAAGUGUACCAGGCCAUGCCAGUGUCACAGCUCUGUGCCAGCCUGCCCUGAUGGCGUCGCUCUCGUCCUGGACGGAUGUGGAUGCUGCCAAGUGUGUGCUCGCCAGAAGGGUGAAGCCUGCACCGACAUACUCGUGUGUGACAAGCAGCAUGGCCUGGAAUGUGACUACAGUGCCAGCUUCCCUGGAGAUCCGGGAGAGUGUGUCAGUCAGGAAGAGCUGGGUUGUGAGCUGAAUGGCAUCUCUUAUCAGGAGGGCGAGGUGUUCCAGCCAUCCUGUAACACCCAGUGCAAAUGUGCAGGUGGAGGAGUGACCUGCGUGCCCCUGUGCAGUUUAGAUGUCCGUCUGCCCAGCUCAGACUGCCCAUAUCCUCAAAAGGUCCAGCUGCCAGGAAAGUGCUGUAAGGAGUGGGUGUGUGAGAACUUGGACAACAGUGUGCUACAGGAUGCUCAAGCAGCUUACAGACAUGCCCAAGUGUUGCCUGCACUUCCUGGUCACCAAGCCAGCCCCAGUUUAAACUGUAUAUAUCAGAGCUCAGAGUGGAGUGCCUGCUCACGUACCUGUGGCCCAGGGAUCUCCACACGCGUGAGCAACCAGAAUGCAGCCUGCAGAAUUGAGCAGCAGAUCAGGCUGUGUAAAAUCCGACCAUGCCAGGCUUUGCCACAUCAAACACCAGUGUGGCCAAGGAGAUGCCAAUCAAGCUACAGGUCAAAUGUUCCUACACGCCUGCUCCAUGAAGGCUGCUAUAGCACACAAUUUUACCGUCCACGUUACUGUGGCUUCUGCACUGAUGGCCGAUGUUGCACGCCUUAUCGGGCCCACACCGUCCCAGUCACCUUCCGCUGCCCAGGGGGCCGCCUGCUCCGCCAAGCUGUCAUGAUGAUCAGGUCCUGUGUUUGUCAUUACAACUGCCCCUACUCGUCUGGCCGAACCUACAGGAGCCUUGCUCUGUGGGCAUAGAGACUCUCAUGCACUGAUUCACACAAAUCCCAGCUUGAAGCCUAGAAAGAAUAGCACUUUGAACAUACCACAGUAUAUUUUUUUAUUACCAGGGAUGGAUUAGUAAAUCCUGGACCCCUGGGCAGGAACUGUGCAGGUGCUAUGCAGAAGAGAAUCUUACUUUAGGCAACUGGCUUCUUUCUUGCUUUUCUACUCGCAAACUCUUUCACCAAAUCCACCAAAUUCCAGCUCUUUAACAAGCUCCAACUCAAUGGCCAGCAGUGACAGCAUGUUGAGUCUUCUUUGGCCAAUUUUAGUUUGGAGUUUGUUUUGAAUCCAACCCAGUAGGCAAAAUGAACAUUCUUUGGCUUCUUUCUUCUUUUCAUCAACACACAUAGUGUGAGUCUACUAUGAUUUUUUUUCCAUCUGCUUCUCUCGCCCUAACUGACCACUCACUGGAUACAAAUUCAGACCCACACACCAGUAAUAUUUAAGAAUUUAUUUCAUAUUCUGUGACUUUACGUUCAUCGGCUUGGGUUCUGUUAACUCACUGCUGUGUGACGGUGUAAUGGCUAAUCAGACUAAUCAUUCAGUUCAAAUCUAUCCUUGUUGGAGACCUGCUAGUUGGCAGGGCCCCUGGACAUCUGCCUAAUAGACCCAGUCGCUGAUCCAUCCCUGUAAAUUAGGUCAUUUUGCAUAAAGAGCUUGCUAUCACACAUACAUUUCUGUAGGCCUUGCUCGAGAAGGUAGUGAACUGGCCUCAUUCUUCACUUACAGCUUGUGUAUAUAGAAUUAGUCUUUUUUUAAUGUGGUCGGAAUUUCAUAAUUCUAUGGAUUUGAGAAGCAAAGAGAAGCCUGUUAAGAUGUUUAACCCAUCUCUUUUAGUUUAUAUGAUGGCAGCUAUUAGUCUUGAGUGCUUACAGCUUCUUAUGUAAUUUAAUUAUCGUAACUUGUACACUUACUGUCACUUAGUGUUGAAUACUUUUGAAUGUUUAAAAAUGAAGUAGCACUGUAAGUGUAGACUGACAUUUCCAAUGUUUCUUCCAAGCUUUGAUCUGGAUCCCUAUUUUAGAUAUUUCAUCUCCUACAGACAGCUUUUCCUCCAUAAAUUUUAACAAAUGUUUAAUUUUUAAAUGUAUGUGUUUGGAAUGAGAUACUUUUCUUCUUUAAGUAUUGUAAUAUUAUAUCACUAAUCCCUACACAGAACAAGGUUAUCUUAAAUUGGUUUCCUGUAUCUUUCCAUUUUCUCUAUCAGUUGUUGUUAUCCCUACUAGGCCAGUGAAGAUAUAAAUCCCAUUUCAGAGAAGUUUAUGUCCAGGCAGCCACUUGAAUAAGGACUUGGGUGAAAUAUUGUAUAACCUCUUUUAAAGAGACACCAACUGUUGUGUUGCGAGACCCAUUAUUUUGCUCAUGUAAUUUGCUGUACAUAUUUGUAAAUGCAUUUAUUACGUUAUAUAUAUAUUGGUUUAUAAUUUAUGUGUCCUCACAACAUUAUAGAUUUCAUGUCUGAAUCAAACAA